CUUUUUUUCCCCCGCCUCCAUUUUGUUCGCGGACGCUGGGGACGGUGGGAGCGGAUCCAUUUCCGGGUUGGUAAAAGGGGCGGCGGCGAGAAAGGGAGCUUGCCGCGAGGCGGACGGGCAGGACUAAACCAGGACUGAGGUGACGGAGGAUUCGCUCCCGGAGCAGCCCCCGCCAGGUAUAUGAGUGACCUAAAGCUGCAAAUAAAGACGGAGAGAAAACGGUGCCAACUGGGAACAGGGCAAGAAUGCCAAUUCCUCCUCCCCCUCCACCCCCACCUGGUCCUCCCCCACCUCCCACAUUUAAUCAGGCAAACACAGAACAGCCCAAACUCAGUAGAGAUGAGCAGCGGAAUCGAGGCGCCCUCUUGCAAGACAUUUGCAAAGGGACCAAACUGAAGAAGACGACCAAUGUUAAUGAUCGGAGUGCUCCUAUCAUCGAGAAGCCCAAAGGGAGCAGUGGUGGCUACGGCCCUGGAGCUGCUGCUUUGCAGCCCAAAGGAGGUCUCUUUCAAGGAGGAGUGCCAAAGCUCCGACCUGUGGGAGCCAAGGAUGCUUCAGAGACUCCAGCUGGUAAGCCAGCCGUGCAAGUCCCCAGUUCUCGAGCUGCUGCUCCAAGGCCUCCGGUGUCUGCAGCCAGUGGGCGCCCUCACGAUGACACCGACAGCAGCCGAGCCUCCCUCCCAGAACUGCCCCGGAUGCAGAGACCCUCCUUACCGGACCUCUCUCGGCCCAACACCACCAGUGGCACAGGAAUGAAGCACAGCUCCUCUGCACCUCCCCCACCACCUCCAGGGAGGCGUGCCAACGCGCCCCCUACCCCUCUGCCUCUGCACAGCAACAAAGCCCAAGCCUACAACAGGGAGAAACCGUUGCCUCCAACGCCUGGACAGAGGCUGCACCCUGGCCGAGAAGGACACCCUGCUCCACCCCCUGUAAAACCACCUCCUUCCCCUGUGAACGGCAGAACGGGACCCAGUGGCCAGGCUCCUCCCCCACCGCCUUACCGCCAGCCUCCCGGGGUCCCCAAUGGGCCCUCAAGCCCCACCAAUGAGUCAGCCCCUGAGCUGCCCCAGAGACACAAUUCUUUGCAUAGGAAAACGCCAGGGCCUGUCCGAGGCCUUGCACCUCCUCCACCCACCUCAGCCACUCCCUCUUUGUUGAGUAACAGGCCGCCUCCCCCUGCCCGAGACCCUCCUAGCAGGGGAGCAGCUCCUCCACCCCCACCGCCCAUGAUUCGAAAUGGUGCCAGGGAUGCUCCCCCUCCCCCCCCACCUUACCGGAUGCAUGGGUCAGAACCACCAGGCAGAGGAAAGCCCCCACCUCCACCCUCAAGGACCCCAGCUGGGCCACCCCCCCCUCCACCGCCACCCUUGCGGAAUGGCCAUAGAGACUCCAUCACCACUGUCCGCUCCUUCUUGGAUGAUUUUGAGUCCAAGUACUCCUUCCAUCCAGUGGAGGACUUCCCUGCUCCAGAAGAGUAUAAGCACCUUCAAAGAGUCUACCCCAGCAAAACCAACCGAGCUGCCCGUGGAGCCCCACCUCUGCCGCCCAUUCUCAGGUGAAGCCUGGCGUGGUCCUGCUCCUCAGGAAAAGGAUGGACCCCCUCUUCUCAGAUGGUCCCCCAACCCCUAACACCUGCAUGAGAGCUCCUACAGUGUUUCUCCAGUGCAACCAACCCUAGACUCUGAGCAUCCUCCCAGCCCAGCUCCAUCUAUGCAUCUCCUCUCUGGACUUGGUGAUUGGACUCUUUCCUAUUGGCAGUAGUGUGAAUGCCCAUAUCCACCUUCUUCCAGCAAGCCCUGCUAGCCAGAGGAGGAGAAAGCUUCCACGUCCCCUGCUUCCUUCCAGGGAAAGGUGCCUUGUUAUGGUGAAUAGACUCACAUUGGGCAGGGUAGAGAAUGGAACCCCUGUCUGUGUCGUUCACGGAGGGCGAAGUGUGCUGUGUGCAUUACAGCCCAUAGUGUAGGAGGUUGGUGUGGCCAGGGCUUCUGAGGAGGGGGCGUUCCACGGUGCAGGGAGGGCUUGCAGAGAAGUGAUCUGUUCUAAAGGUCAGGCUACAGAAAGGACAAGGGAAUGGGUCUUUUUCAUUUAUAAGAGUGUUUUGGUUUUGUUCUUAUCCCUCUUCCCCCAUCCCAAGAGAUGAGUUGUACAUACACACUAAGUACUAAUCAGUUAACUAAACAACAAAAGGGUAUGAAGUAAGUGAGGAUCAUUACAGAGCUAGUCAGCUCUAUUGCAGCUAGAGGCCAGGGCUGUCUGAGCUCUGGAGCCUCCUGCCCCUUCCCCAGGGUGCUAGGCUGAAGGGUGUCCUUUCCAAAUCCCACAAGAGAAGUCACUUUUUGUUGAGGGCAUUGUCCGUUCCUGAGUCACAAACCCUACAGACUUCUUAUAAGAUGUGAAACGGUAGGGCCUUAAUCCUACUUUUUUCUGAUUAACCCUGAAGUAGUCAGCAGCCUGAGUCCUUCAGCCCUUGGGGAAUGCUCCAGGGAGACUAAGAAGGGAAUCAGGAAGCACUCACUUCAUGGGAGUGUGGCUCUUCAGGGCCAGGAAGGUCUUGACAGCCUGCUCAUACCAAGACUCUCACCCAUCAGAUAGCAGGCUCUUCCUGUUUUCUCUGCCACCCAUAUCUUACUGAGACUGCAGGGUUUAAGGCCACAGAGAAGAAAAGGGAGCUUCAGGGCGAAGUACAGAGUCCUCUAAACCAAGAAGCACAAAGACUUAGGGAGGCCUGUCGCCAUCCUGGAGGCAGGCAGCAAUACAAUGUUUGUCUUCCAAGUUGUAGGUAAACAGCACAGGAAGUUCCAACUGAGGAACUGGUCUGUUCCAACUGAGGCUGGUCUGUUGGCCAGGGAGUGUCUCUUCUCCAACUGCAGUGUGGGGCACCUGGACUCCACACUCAGAGAAGUUGGUUUCCUACAGUCCUUGACAUGGGCACACACCGCUCAAAUCCUGGAUGACAGUAGGGAGACCAGGCUGUUCUUUGAGUUGGAUGGGGAAGCUGGUGAAAAACUUCUAGAUACACCACGGACUUAAACUGUCAUAGGGACCUUUCUUUUUUUUUUUUCUUCUUAUUUUUAUUCUUACUCUUUUUUGUUUGCCCCCCAAAGACAUGUUUUCUUUGUGCAUUCCUAGCUGUCCUGGAACUUACUUUCUGGACCAGGCUGGCCUCAAACACAGAGAUCCUCCUGCCUCUGCCUCCCAGGUUCUGGGACUAAAGGUGUGCACCACCACACCUGGCUCAUAGGGACCUUUCUGAUCUAGUGGAACAUAGGCUAAGGAUCUGUGUGUAAUGUCAGGUCAAACCCAAAUCUUCUAGGACUGGUGAAGGUGGACCUAACUUGGUUUAUUUAUUUAUUGAGUGUUACCCGAUGCCAGCUCCUGAACCACUUGGACUCUUGGGACAGGCAGUGGUUAGAUCUCACCAGACUUUUUAUUGCUCACUACUUAUCCUUCUUCUCAAAUCUGUUAGCAGUUACGCUCCCAACACCCCAAAGUGAACAGAGCUAAGAGAGGGAGAAGAACUGACACUUCGAGAGUUCCAGGGUAGAUGCUAAUUGUUGAACUUGACUGUGAAGUCUUCCCAUUUGUUGUUGAAAUGGGAGCUGAUGCCUUUUGUACAAUGCUAUCAAAGUGUGAAAAUUUUCCCUUACUGAAACGUAGCCCAUCAAAAAUAUAUAUGGGUGUGUAUUUAUGUAUGUGUGUGUGUGUACGUAUGUGUAUACAUAUAUACAUAUAUAUGUAUACACAUACACAUAUAUAUUUGUAUACACACACAUACAUCUACUCACAAAUAAAGCCAAACCCCAGCUUUUUGCUUGGGCUGAUGGUAUCUUCCUCGACUUGCCCUGCCUCCCUUUCUAUUCCCCAGAUUCUGACUGUGUCAUGUGGGUAUUGAUGAUAUUUUCGUUGUCUUUGCCUGGUGGAACAACCACCCAAAAAAGGCCUGGGUUUAGAUCUAAGUGAGUGUGUUGAUGACACAACACCUAAGUUAAAUGUCUUUGCCUUAUUCAUCAUUUGGUCCUGCUGUUGAUAACAAAUUUAUUACCAUGUAUAUUUGCUAUUGAAGAUGGGAAUGUGAUCCUCAAAAUUGUUGGUCUAUUUUGUAUGUUGUACACAGCUUGUAACGCAGGUUUAAGGUGGGCGGGCUGUGAGAACCCUGACAAUUUUCCCCUUUAAACUGUUCCUUUAUGUCCUGAUGGGAAUGUCUUCUCUUCAGUAGAAGAUUGGGUGGUCUCAUGUUGAGGCUAUUACUUAGUCCCUUUACUUCCCUUGUCCCCUCCCAAAGGGGAGAGACAAUGCCCAGCUAAGCAGCCAGAAGCUUUGUCACAGCUCUCAUGGUAUUUCUCCCUAAUGGGAAAUGCUCGAUAGCUAUUUCUUACUGCCCUGCCUGAAGCCAGGCAGUGGUUCUGAUUUUCAAAUGAGCUAGGUGCUCCUCUUCCCCUUUCUCCAGUCACCAAACCUGGACCAAAGUACUUCAUAUUCCAGGUGUGGUUUCCUGUCUCCUGGGAUCUGCGGCAGCUGCAGAGCCCUGCCCUUUUCAGAGCCUUGGCCACUUGUGUGAGCUAGGGCCAUCCCAGCUGAUGGACAUGAGGCGGUCCUCACCAGGAAUUACUCCCUGCCCCCUUCCCAGUCACUGGCCAUUGCCCUGGGGGAAUCCCCUCACCCAGUGGCUUCCCAUCUUGAAAGCCUGAAACCCAGACUUACCUCCAGGGAGAGAUGAGGGGGCGGGGAUAACUGUAAAUAGACUUGCUGCAGAGCAACUCAGGGUUGGGGUAUGUUUUAAUUCUCCUGAUCACUUGAAAAAUAAUCUGUAGGCUGAAUGCUUCUGGAGUGUGGGAGAAAUGUGACUCCGGGGUCCUUCGUUCUCUGAGGCUCUGGGGGUGGAGUGUAGGGCAUCAGAGGCCCUUUGCUAGCAUGGCUGCACUGUCUGUCCUGGAAACCCAACCUGCCAUCAGCGGCAAAUCAGAUUCUUCACAUUCCAGGUAUAAGCUUUCCUUUCCCGUGACUCUCAGUCCCUAGCUCCGUGGUCAGGGGAACUCUGUUAAACCACCCCAAUUUAGGGAAUGAGAGGGAAGAGAGGAGGCCAGAAUAAUUCUGCCUCCCAAGACUCAUUUCUUGAAAACAAAAUGGAAAAAAAAAAAGAGAUAACCACCUUCAAUCACAGGCAAAACCAAAACCAAUCAAACCAACAGCAACCAUUUAACUGAAGGAAGGGUCUGGUUCCACUCCAUCCCGUGUUCAUUGUGCCUUUACUUGUGUUAGAACUCUGUGCUUUCUUCCUCCCCACCUCUGUGACGUCAUUAAUUAAAACCUUCCUUGAUAACGGCUGCUUCCUUUCUGCUCUUGUUUCUCACAGCUUGGUGGGUUUCUUCUCUUGAUGGUCUUCCCUCUUACUCACCUGGUGGCAGAGGAGCUUAGCGCACCCUCCCCCCCUCCCCCCUUUUUUCAUGUCUAACUCUUUCUCCUUUCUCACAGUUUCCAGCCUGGAAGUUACAGUCAACACUGAGUAAGAGACCAGAGUGAUGUGUGUGCAUGUGCGUGUGUGUGUGUCCAUCUGCAUGUGCGUCCAUUUCUUUGAAAAAUAAUUUAUUGUGUGAUUUAUUUUGGAGUUUUUGUUGGGGUUACUGUGCUGCUCCACAAUAGCCCAGAUCCCUGCACCCCCACCCCACCCCAGAAUAAAAUGUAUUAUCUGG